GUUGAAUAAAAAUCUGCCAGGGCAGCCCUGUGUUCACUGACUGCAGGUCCAAGGUUGCUGUGAUAAUACAUGUGUUUAUUAACUUCUUAAAUCCCGUUGCCCGCUCUAUCCAAGUCCACUGCAGGGACACACUUGGGAGAGGAGCAAGUCUUAAAAGAGACCCAGGAUGGCUCUGGCAGAUGGCAAGGUGCUGGUUCUGGGAGCUUUGGCUGGAGUGGCUGGUGUCAGUUUGGCUGUGAUGUAUUACCAGGGCUUUAGCUCACGACGAAGAGCCUCUUGGGCAGGGCCCUACUCCCUGCCAAUGGGUCAGGCUGAGGUGCUGGAUCGCCUUGAGGCCCUUCACCAGUGUGUAUCUGAGCUCAAGGAUGAGAUGAAGGCUUUGAAGAAUGCUCUGCCUACACUGCAGGCGCAAGUCAAGGAGGAGCUGACGGGGCGUGAUGAAGCACGUCGAGCCAGCCCUCUGCACAGGACCACGCCAACACGGAGGAAAAGACCAGUGGGUGCCAUCAGUAGCACCAGAGCUGAGGCUCGGAGCUCAGAAGAGGCAGAGAGUGAGGGAGGGUAUAUGACUGCUCUGACAGACUCUGAGGAUGAAGAGAUAAGUGAUGAAGAACAGAGGGAGGAAGAACAGCCUGAGGACAAGUUAUCGAUUCUCCUUGAGAGGAUCGACUCUUUGCACCAUGGCACUGAAUCCGACAAACGAGAGAGCCUCAACAUACUUUUGGAGCACAAAGAGGAGGAGUUUGGACAGAACCCGAGGCUUCUCUGGCGGCUGCUCCGAGCUUACUCUGAUGUUCAUGACGUCAGUGCCACUCUGGAGGACAAGAAGACCAUUGCACAAACUGGGAAGACAGUUGGCGAGGAGGCGGUGAGCCUGAACCCCACAUGUGCUGACAGUCAUCGGUGGUAUGCCAUCAUGUGUGGAAUAAUGACGGAAUACGACACUGUGCAGAACAAGAUAAAGAACGGAUACAUCUUCAAGGAUCAUCUGGAUAAAGCCAUUGAGCUGAACCCGCAAGACCCAUUGUCCUACUACCUGCUGGGCCGCUGGUGCUACUCCGUCGCUCAGUUGUCGUGGAUUGAAAGGAAAGUGGCGGCCACGUUAUUCGGAGAACCUCCAAGUGCCACAAUUGAAGAUGCACUCAAUAAUUUUCUUAAGGCUGAGGAGAUCCAUCCCGGGUAUUCGAAAGUCAACUAUGUAUAUCUAGCCAAGUGUUACAGAGACCUGGGGCAGCGAGAAAAAGCCAAGACGAUGUGUGAAACGGCUUGUUCAAUGAAUUCUGUCUCCAAAGAGGAUGAAGACGCACAAAAGGAUCUGGAGUUCCUCCGCCCAGCACUCGGAGUGUGAUGACACUGCUCAGCAGCGCAUUCCUUUUGACUUUGGAUCUGUGUGUGCGUGUGUGUGUGUGUAUGUGUAGGUUUAGGUUUAGGUUUAGGUUUGUGUGUGGUCACAAUGGUACUGAGGCCCUUAUAUUAAUUCACUCUGUGAGUGGAAGGAGCUGUGGUGUAGCUCUUUAUCACCAGUGCAGCCACAACCACCCUGUGUUCUUUUAAAUCAGACACUGUGUAGUUAUAUAAACAUCACAUACCUGGUUGUACUAAAUCAGUGAGAGAAUUAUUUCUUGCAUCACUCUGGAUCUUCAUCAAGCCUUUGAGAUGGGUUUCUGUUGAUUGAAUGGAUAGUAGUAAAUUUUAUUUGAUUGAUAGUCUCUAAAUCUGUUCCUAUCUGGUUCAGCAACAUUGUUGUACAUAUCCUCUCUGAGGUCUGAUUCCUGCGAGUUUCUACAACAACAAAGAUGUGUCACUUUUUGGGAAAGUGACCCAUGGGACAUGUUGUUCCUUCCUCUUUUGUCCUUUUUUUUCACUGUCUCUCUGUCACUAAACAUUCAAGUCUCGAUAACAAAAGCACAUCAGACAAUGGCGCACCCAGACAAAGAUCUCAGCGGGCCAUGACCACUGGAUGACCUCUCGCCCUCUUCGCUCUGCUGUCGUUCAGACCAGCGUCACAGCUCGCCGGACACUUGUACUUACACCUGCAUGUUCUGAAAUAACUUGAUCAUGUGGUAAACACGUAGGUGAAUAUGUUCUUUUAUGAUCUCUUUCAUGAGAUGUGAUGUUCUGUGGUUGUUGACUUUGGCAGCGUUUCAUUAGUUGGGUUACCUCCUGCUAUUCAGUACCUGUGACAGUAAUGUCACUCUGGGAUUAAUUGCAGUUUAUUAAGUGAUCAAACAGGAAGACAAGUAAGAACACUAUUUGCAAUGCGUGUGUGGUUGGUUUGUAAUGUUUUUCCUGGACCGCUGUUAUACACAUCUGUCACCAAGCCCUAUUGAAUUAUUUUGCACGGAACUCUUAGUAGGACAUUCAUAUAUCACAAUUGACUUUUAUGACAUGACAUGUCAUUCCUAAAAAAAAUUGUAUCUACUGCUUAUCGAAUGAUUCUAUUUAUGUUUUUAGAAUUUUAAACAAUAAGCAGCAUUAGUGGGUUUUUUAAAUAAUAUACCUUUCCGACUCUGUUCAAAUAUUUCAGGAAUGGUUUUCUUCUAGCAUGACGACCUAAAUCCUUUAAUUUUCUACAUGUUCCUCUAUUGAGCUCUGGCUCCCUUACACUCUAUUUUUAAAUAUGUGAAAUUUAAAGCCAAUUUUAUUGAGAUUUUUCUGAUUUUGAACGUUUUAUGUAAAACAAAGAGGAGAGCCUUCUUCAGCACACCACUCGAGCUCAAGUAAAAAAAGAGUCUGUUUUUAGAGGGCUCCUGUUUCACUGUGUUUAUAUACAACAUCUAAUUAUCCCGGUUAAGGUUCAAUUUAAGUUUUGCUCAGGUUUCUAUUAAUUUAGAAAACAACCUAGAUAAGUCCACAUUGUUUUUCCAUUAAGGGACAAUAUUUGAUUAUGAAGCCUCAUUAGUUCAAUCAAUAACUAAUAUAAGACAAGGGUGUUUAAAAAGAACCGCACUGAUUUGCAUGUAUAUUCAAAUCUCAUUGAAAGUGAGAGUAAGUUAAAUGGUAAAUUCUGGUCUUUUUCCACCUGGGCGCUGUGUUUAUAAAUGUGGGUGUGUUAAUUUAAAAAACCUUUGGAAUCGGUGCUAUAGAUUCCCUCCACCAGCACCAUGACACAGCAGCAGCGGCUACAGUGUGACCAUAUGGGGCAACUGUGACAGUUAAUCAGAUGUCCACUUAAAAUGUGUUAUUCUUACUAAUUAAGUCUCUGGCAACAUUAUACAUGUCUCGCUUAAAGGGAAGUCUCACCCCUCAACCUUGCUGUUGACCCUCCACUGUAUGCUGCCGCUAGCUCCUCAAUUUUUAGGAGAUAUUUGUGCAUAUAGUCAAUCAAGUAAGGACAGCCAUCCAACCUAGGGAAAGUGAGACGUGUAAUGUUGCCACCCUUGUAGCAAAGACCCAGAACAACAUUUUGAGCAUUUUAUUGGUGAAAAAAACAUCUAUAGCAGACAUUUUGUGGAUUGUUGAAGUUGCCCCAUACUAUUCCAUUGUAGCCGCUGCGUUGAGAUGCGGCUGCCAGCAGAGACAUUCUACUGGAACGAUUACAAAAAGUUUUGAAUGUACCAUUCGUUUACAAACCUACAUUCAUGAACAUAGCACCCAGAUAUAAAACUCCGGAAAUUCUCCUUUAAACUAAUGAAAAAAGAGGCACACUUGUUGCUUUGGCAUGAUGUGAUGCGUUCCAGGCUCGAUAUCAGCACUAAUAUCCGAGGUAAUGGUGGUAUAUUUGAUGUUGGUCAUUCCAUAUUAUUAAGUGAGUGUUUGUUGUCAGUCUUGUUUCAUGCAUGUUGUAUGAAACCUUAAGUUUUGUUUGUUUUGGAGAUUUUUUGGGGGAGAUUCUUCUUUUUCUAUCACUGUAAAGUCUUUACUAUAUUUAAGAUGACUCUAAUUAAGGAUUACUCUAAUUGUAAGAAUUUCUCACUUUACAGAUUUUUCAAACAGCAAUAUGAAUGUAUUUCCUUUUUUUUUUUUUCACAUGCCAAAGCAAAACAUUAAUGAAGACUAUCUGAAAUCCACUACACUACAUAUAGAUUAUACUGUACAGUCAUGCACAUUUUGCUGUAACUGACAAUUACUGGUUACUGGAGUCUAUAAUUAAAUCUGUGCUGUCCUGAUUGUAA